GCCUUCCUUUCAGCGCCUGUUUUUCCUGUCGGCUUGCUCUUAUUCCGUCUUACAACUCCAAUCUCAUAGUUCCCCACGAAAAACAGCACAAUGGAUUCGGGCUCCUCCGACAAGGCGGACGUGGAGCAGGUCCAGCACGUCCACAAUGCCGAGAAGAACAACGCCGUGGCGUCUGACCAAGCCGCUGGCACCGUUACCGUCCCGUCGCGGUUUGCUCAUCUCGAUGAGAAGAAGAUCCUGCGCAAGAUGGAUAUUCGCCUGAUCCCAGUUCUCGCUCUGCUCUAUCUGCUUUCCUUCCUCGAUCGUGGAAAUAUCGGCAAUGCCAACGUCGAAGGCCUGUCGGUCGACCUUGGCCUCAAGGGCUACGAAUACAACUGGUGUCUGACGGCCUUCUUCUUCACAUACGCCGCCUUUGAGGUCCCCUCCAACCUCAUGCUCAAGAAAUUGCGUCCCAGCCGCUGGCUUCCAUUCAUCAUGGUUGCAUGGGGCGUCGUCAUGACCCUCAUGGGCAUUGUUCGAGACUACAAGGGCCUCCUCAUCACUCGCUUAUUCCUCGGUGUCGCAGAGGCUGGUCUCUUCCCUGGUGUCGCCUAUUACUUGACAAUGUGGUAUUGCCGCCACGAGAUUCAAUUUCGACAGGCCAUGUUCUUCUCUGCCGCAUCCGUCGCCGGCGCUUUCAGCGGCCUACUAGCUUUUGCCAUCUCCAAGAUGGAUGGCAUUGGUGGUCUUGAAGGAUGGCGCUGGAUUUUCAUCCUAGAAGGCAUUGUCACUGUUGUUGUGGCCGUCAUUUCGUUCUUCCUUCUGUACGACUUCCCAGAAACGGCAAGCUUCCUCACCGAGGAGGAGCGUGCAUUUGUCGUCUACCGCCUCAAGUACCAGGGCGAUGUCAACGCCAGAGAUGAAUCUCACGAGGCUACAGUUGCUGAGGCUGAAAAGUUUGAAUGGAAGUAUCUCCGUCAGGCGUUCUCCGAUUGGCAGAUUUAUGUCAACAUUUUUGUCUACUGGGGUGUUGUCUGCCCGCUCUACGGCAUCAGUCUCUUCCUUCCGACUAUUAUUAAGAGUCUCAACUACACCAAGAGCGAAGCCCAGCUAAUGACCAUCCCAAUCUACAUCACGGCCUCUGUUUUGGCUGUUGUCAGCGCCUACUUUUCUGACAGAGUCGGCAAGCGAAGCCCAUUCAUCAUCUCCUUGCUCUUUGUCAUGGUUGUCGGUUUCUCCAUGUGCCUGGCCUCCUCGAACCCACAUGUCGUAUACGGUGGUGUCUUUAUUACCGCAUGUGCCCUCUACCCAGCCUUCCCUGGUGUGAUUGCCUGGCUGUCCAACAACCUUGCUGGAAGCUACAAGCGAGGUGUUGGUAUGGCUAUCCAAAUCGGUAUUGGUAAUCUUGGCGGUGCCAUGGCAUCCAACUUUUACAGAUCAGGCGACGGACCUCGCUUCCGACUCGGACACGCUCUUGAACUUGGCUUCAUCGUCGUCGGCAUCAUUGCCGCCUUCAUCCUCGUCUUUGCAUACACCCGCAUCAACAAGAAGCGAGAUCGCGCCAUUGCCAACGGCGCGCAGAAUGAAUACACUGCUGAGGAGCUGUCGGCUCAAGGUGACAAGGCUGUUACCUUCCGUUACAUGUUUUAGACGUUUUAGAUACCAAAUGCGCGUGCUUUUGUGUUUUUGUGCAAGGAAAAUCGUAAAUAUAUAUUGGAUAGCAAUGUACUUGAUAUAUCCGGCCUAGGAGCCAUCAUCACCUUUAUACCGUGACUGAAGACACAAUCCGCAUCUUGUUUCAUCCCCAUCUACCCCCACGGCAUCAAUAGUCCAAAAUAUAGUCGAUCCGAGGCAAAAACUCAUCAGCAUGGCUUGGUAGCCAUUUAUCCAGCCUCUCUCUGCACUCAUCCAACGUAGACCUCAGCGUGAGCAGCUUGUUGUCUAGCACGGAGCACUUUGGGCACUUCCUCCUGACGACUUUGGAAUGCAAGCCGUGGCACUUCUUCUCCCUGCAGUGGAUCAGACCUCGGUUUUGAGCUGUGAGACAAGGUCGGACAAGCAGACCCCAAGCCUCAUGCUUGCAUCCAUAAACAGUGCGUGAAUAGAUACACAUUUUGGCAAAAGUUCAAUAGCUUUGCCAGUUGGUUCUUCUUGGGUGUAUAUGGGAAUAAUUUGGUAGCAAGGAAGCAGAAGCGGUUGCAAAGACGUAUUGCGGGUAUCUGGGUAGGCACAAGAGAAUUAUAAAGAAGUAUUAAGAAAAUAGCACAGCUGAAAGGUUGAAGAGUAAAGGGUUGAUGUUUUUUUUGGUCGCGUUCGAAUUCACGGCCAGCCGUGUUGUUCGGUUUGAUGUGUGCAGUAACUGUUGUGGCAAGACCUAAGUCCGCGAAGGUGUGUGUAAGUGUUCUCCUCUUUCAAGAAGGAAAACACACAAAAGUGAAUUGCUUCUUAGUGUAGGUCGCGACGUGUGCCUUCUUUUCGUAAUGGGAAAAUCAAGCAGAAAAGUGACAACAAAAAGUAGGGACGUACGGUGCACUUAAAUGAGCAACGCCCAUGAAACACGGUUAAGGCACAACAAAGAGAUGCAGCACAGCAGGACCCCAAGGCAACUGAUCCUUUCUUUCUCGUAGUUAUUUUCCAAGACUGUCAUUUUAUUUGAGCACAUCCCCAUCCAGUACAGCUGCGAAAUCCGCGGCCCAGCACAGCCGGGUGGUGUCCGGCCCCGUAGACGAGGCAUGCGCAACAUUCCAGCCGAGUCGACGCAAAGUCUUCAGCAGCGAGCUGGUCUCAGGCUGAGGCGUCAUGACGACACCAGUGCAGAAAAGAACACACUCUAGAUCAGUAGUUGAGUCACCGUAGUAGACUGUCUCGUUUGCCUCCGACGCUCCGCCCACAACCUUCCGUAGUGCGCUCAGCUUGUGCGGAGAACAGGACAUCCUGGUGCCUUCCAUCAUGUCCGGGCCUCGAAUGGUGCCAUCUUCUGCAUGAAUCUCGUUGGCUACUACUUCCAGUUCACCAUUCUCGUCAAAGGUUUCCAAGAUUCCCUGGAGAAAGGACUGUGACCAAUUGAUGGAGAGCACCGACGUCUUCCAACCAUGGGCUUUCGCCAGCGCCAGAGUUUCCCUGAAGCCAGCGCGGAUGACGAUGUCGCCAUUCCUCAACGCCUCCCUCCCAACUUGCCGGAGACUAUCUUUAUCCAAGUCUUGAAACACGCCAAGGUCAUGGACCCUUUGGAUCGAUGCCUCUUCCACAGCCAUGGAUGCAGCCAGAAACUUGGUUUCCUCUUCGAGUGUCUGGCGGUCCACCUCCUUGGGAGAGUAGCCGCUCUUGUGAUCUGCGUACUCCUUAAAGUACUGUUGCUCGAUCCCGUCCCAUUUCGGCCAAGGAUCAGCUCUGCCUCUUUGGCACUGCCACCGCGCCGCGCCCUUGACCAACGCGCCUAGCGUGUCGUGUGUUGCGAUUGUGCCGUCAAAGUCGAAAACAAGAUGCAUGAUUGGACGCCUUAGGAUUGGACGCCUUAGGAUUGGACGCCUUAAUUACUUUUUUAAUUUCCGUGCCUAUCCUUUGUUUUCCCACGCGGUCACGUAACCAAUCUACGCGUUUGUUUGUUGCUUGUUAAAGUGGCUUUCCGUGAUGGUUUGUUGGUGAUGAGGCCAAGCUCACUAACAGCUGCGCCAGUGGUGUUGUGUCUGUUCGGCUUUGGUGGUGCAGCUGCCAGCUGGUGGGGCCCUAAACCCGUGAGACGAAACAGUCCUGCUUCUACAACAACCCGCGAAACAUUGAUGAACUCGAUACAGCCACCGCUGGCUAUUUUGGCAAAAAGACUCAGAUUCAAAGUGUCCGGGUCCAUGUGGACCGAUGGCUAUAGCUAGUCUUUGAAAGUUAAAACACAGGUUUGAUACAAUAUGCAGUAGCAGCAAUGGCGACCAAACGCCACGGCGAGCUGCUUUUCCCUAUUAAAACGCCAGUUAACGCCUCACGUGCCCUGGAUGGGCCUAGUAAAGUAGUAAGCAUUCCCAGUCAAAGUUGUUCACUGCGACAUGGGCAGCACAUCCUCCAUUUCUUCCAUUUCCUCGUCUUCGUCAUCGGCGGCCACUGCAGCAGCUUCCUUGGCCUCAGUGCCAGCCUUGUCUCUGUAUGCGUCAGAUAGGCAGUAGUGGUUGGCGAAUGAACCACUCUUGUUCAGGACAGCCACUUCCUCCAGGACUGUUCGUAGAUGUGCCUCUGGCUGUUGUGUACGCUGGCGCAAAGCCUUCAUGGACCAGUACUGAUACUCGCGGAAGCAUUCGAACAAGAGAUCCAAAAGCUCGUUCUUGGCCAUACGAGUAGCCUUGAGCACCUCGCCCUUCUUGGGCUUGACAAGAGUCGGUGCAUUUUUCUACGCCUUGUUAGUAUAUGCAGUUCAUACAUGUUUGCGACUGUCUCGGAACAUACGAUAAAGUUUCCAGACCAGCCAAGAGAUCCAGCAGUUCCAGGGUUGAUAAUGGCGGACGCUGAGUUUCUGCUGAUGAUUUGGAGCUUCGCUCGGGAGUGCUCGGCAUCAAAGAUUUGCUGUGCUAGGUAUCGCUCUUCUUCCUGUGCAUUCCUGGGCUCGACACGGACAUCGUAGUGAAUCUUUCCGAAAACCUUGGUUCGUUCUAGUGUUCUACUGUCAGCGCCACGUCACCUGUGUAUCUCGCAUGCAUCAAAAACCUACUUGGAAUUGCUUUGCGGUAGUACGGUUGAUACCGACUGCGGCGAUCAUACGUUUGCUUCUGUCCACCCUCUGGUUUGGCACGUAGUAGAUGCGCUGGGAUGCCCGCGUUGAUGGCGUCCUGUCUAGCCUUGUUCUUGACCUUGUAACUGGGGAGAUCCUCUUCAGUGAAAAUGAAGUGGUUCUUGACUUCGCGGUCCAACACUUCGAGGUCGUAUUCUCUAGGGAGCAUCUGGUGCUCGGGGCAAUUUGCCUGUAGCAGCAUGCGCAGCUUGGUCACGUCCGGCCCGCCGUUCGCUUGAGGUUCGUUCCACGUGCGCAACGUGCCAAUCUGCACCUCGUCAUCGUCAUUGAGGCGCUCUGUCAACUUUUGCCAUGCCUCCCAGAUGUAGCGAGGUACGCGCGCAAGAUAGAGGGUUUCGAAGCUGUUGCCUAUCGCGUUCUUGUCGUAGAAUUCGAGGUCGCCGGCAUCCUCGAGAUCAUCCUCCUCGAGCCCAGUAGACGACUCCUCGGGGUCGGGCUUCACAAAUCCAGCAUCAGCCAUUGUUGUAAUUGUAUAUAAUCGAAUGCGCUGCCAGCUUUGUUGUGAUAAUGUUGAUGGCAAGAUGCGGCAAGCUGGAUGAACAUGUGCACGCUGUCACAGAUGUCGUGACGCUUCUCUGCUGCUCGUCAAGGCGUUUGGUUGGCGCUAGGCCUAAUUCGGAACGGGGUCCACUAUACCAGCUCAGCGGAAGAAGCUACCCGACAGCCGUGAAUGUCUUUCAGAAAUAGAAUCUGGG